CCUGGUCGCCCUACUCACAUCUGAGAAGCUGGAACAAGAGAAUGAUGUCCAUGGACAACAGAAAGAGACCAGCGGGUUCCUCCAACUCUGGGAACUUGGCUUACUGGUCCUCCUCGUUUCCGCGACAACCAGCCAGGGUCCUGAUCGUGGAGGCGCUGCCGCCCUGGUGGUCAGAGACCUGCACGGUGCUCUGUGAUGCUCUGGAGAACUUCCUGUCCCUGGCCUGUAGUCUGGAUGGACCCUGUAGGAUACCACUACUCAGCCUGUACGCCAUCAGCAGGCAGCAGGAAUGUCUACUGCCAUUCGUGCAGGUUCGUGGUAACCUGGCCAGGCUGCGUUCCUGUGUGGAGGAGCUGAGGAGUAUUCCAGGUGAAGGGUGCAUCAGAGGAGCAGCCAGAGGAGGCGAGCUGUUGCGUCAGGCGGUGCUGGACAGUCUGCAGCAGUUUAAACAGUACAUCAGACAUAUCAGCAGCCAGGCCAGCAACAAUAUGUCUGUGGAGGUUACCGUGGUGACCAGCCAGCCAGGGCGGGGCAUUGUUCGCCAGUUGGAGACGGGGCUCAAAGAUGCCGACCUGGUGUCGCUUAAGCGGCUCCUGGUGGUGCAGAUCUAUAGCGCGGCGGAUUGGGGCCAGGUCAACCACUCACCUGAAGCCACACACACUGAGACUGAAGAUUCUCUGAUGUUGGGAACGGAGGUCGACCUGCAGCGGGUAGAAAACAGCGUGUUCACCAUGGAGACGGUGUUGAAGGCGUGGCUUCAGGAGCAAGGAGGAGACAGAGAGCACCUCCACCUCCUGCUGCCCAGCGCCCUGGACACGCCCAUCCCAGUGUGCGUGAAGUGUGACAUGCAGGAGCGCCUGAUAAGCCCCGCUCUCAUCCCCCUGAGCCCCGACCUGGGAGUGGAGACCGAGAGCGUGCGGGACUUCCUGCCUCUCGCUAAGGGAUCAGCCAAUCAGAGCCAGCUGCCACGGAGGCUGAAAGCAAUCAAGACUCUGCGUGCAGACGGAGUGUGUGAGAGUGUGCUGUACGGCCUGCCGCUGGUGAUCCGCCCCACCACCUGCUGGCAGCUGGACUGGGAUGAAAUGGAGUCCAACCACAACUUGUUCCACGCUCUCUGCCACACACUCAGGAGUCGUGACUUGUUCCUGCUGCUGCAAGUGGAGCCACAGAGGUCUGCAGCUGGAGGCUCAGGUGUGUACUCCCACUACGUCCUCCAGCCGUCCCCGUCUCUGUCCCUCCUCCUGAAGCCGGUGGUCUCCAGAGAGCUGCUGCUGCCCUGCUCUCUGCCCGUCUCCACUCAGGAACCCGCACCUGAUGCCACGCACACUAUACAGGGCUGUCUCACUCAGCUGGACGAGGAGUGUGUGUUCAACCCUCUCUCUCUGAGCAGUAACCUGUACCAGCACCUCAGGAGCAGAGGCCUGUUGUCACAGCCACGAUACCCGUACAGGCUGCAGCCAACAGCCGCCCACAGAGACCAGUCUCAACCACUAGAGGGCCAUAAAGCCACAGCCAGCAGGCCGCUGCGGCAGCCACAACACCAGGGUCGCCACCUGGGAAUGAACACCAAGGUCAGGGCCACCGUGGCUCCCCUGCCUUCAUCCCACUCCUCCUCCUCCUCCUCCCUGGGUCCUCCUCCUGCUAAGGCCUCUCGUCUGGCUCUGACGCUCCUCAGCAGCAGCGGUGGAAGCCGUCGGGCCCCGGCCCCGGCCCCUGCUCGACAGGAGGAAGACAACGAUGACUCCAUUGUGAUACAGUAAGAAGACUGAGGGGGGUCGAGCGGAAGAAAGUGGGCCAAGAGAGCGAUACAGUGACAGAGAGAGAGAGAGCAACAAGUCAUUUAACACACACACUCUGAAAUCCCUCAGCAUCCUGACCUGCCACUUCAAAGGGCCCUCCAGUGAACUACAGUACAGCUUAGUCAGCACACACUCACACACAUUUGGCUAAUCGGUCCCCCAUUGUAAAGUGUGAGUAAUCAGGCAGCUCAUAAAGGCUUUAAAGACUUUGUAAAGGAGGGGAAGACACACACAACACACUAUUCUGCACUCUGGGUGGUUACAGCUUCUUUUGAUACGUCAAUUCAUCUCUAUUUAUUCUCACCACACCAACAGUAUAAGCUAGAUCUGAAUUUAACAAACCUCUGUGUGUGUGUGUGUAUGUGUGUGAGUGUGUGUGUGUGUGUGUGUGUGAGAGUGUGAGAGUGUGAGAGUGCGAGAAAGGAAAGUUUCCACUCGCUGCCAUCUUUAGAUUGCUGA